CUUCGUGUAGAUUUAGCUAUUACCAGCAUAACCUGAAUAGCCUCAUUAUUAGCCCAGCAGCUCCAGCUGCAACAAGGAGGUUGACAGGAGGAGGAACAAACAUGGCGUCUGGCUAUGCGUGGUUUCUUGUGCUCGGGUCGGUUUUUCUGUGCAAUCUCAUGAAAACACUCCUGCCGACUAUAUCGUCUUUCCUCACAAAGAUGGUGCAGAAAGAUGCUGAGCAGGAGAGUGAGAUGAGGGCUGAAAUCCAGGAGAUGAAGAAGGAGCAGUCCUCAAUUAGCAUGAUGGAUGAGUUUGCUAGAUAUGCCAGAUUGGAGCGCAAAAUCAACAAGAUGACAGACAAGCUGAAAACGCACGUGAAAUCAAGAACAGCACAACAAGCCAAAAUGAAAUGGGUUGUGAACAUUGUCUUUUAUAUUCUGCAGGCUGCUCUAAUGAUCUCCUUGAUAUGGAAGUAUUACUCUGAUCCAGUGACAGUGGUCCCUAGUAAAUGGAUUGCCCCUGUGGAGCGCCUUGUGGCCUUCCCAACAGGAGUGGCAGGUGGAGUGGGAAUCACAUGCUGGCUGGUGGUUUGUAACAAAGUAGUUACACUGGGUCUCCAUACUGUCAGCUAGAGACUCCAGCUGAGUUAAAUGCACUGGUUUUCUAACUUAUUGCUCAACAUUUAGUUGAUGAAAGCCACAGUUUUGUGUCAUUUUUCAAGUCAGCUGCUUCAGGUCAAUGUAAAAAUGCAGUGCAUUUUGGCUUUGGCUGUUUCAUAUUGCAACUUAGUAUUUUGGUGAUGUUGAAUUUUGUUUUAAGUUAAUUGUGAGGAUGAUUUGACUGUGUAUUAUUUCAAAACGUAAUGAUGUGGAAAUGCCUUUUUUAAGAAAAGAUAAUAAAAGAAAAGCCUUUUAUUUGUUGUAAUGUUAUAAAAUGGUGUUUCACAAGCAAAAACAAGUCAGGUAGUUUUCUUGAAGUAAAAUUGUAAUGGAUGAAAACAAAGAUGGAUCACAAUGGACAGCGUUUGGUUCUUGGGUCAAAAAACAAUUUAUUUAGAGAAAUACUUCAAUAUGAGAAAAUCAGUCUGCUGCCACUACAGUCAAAAUUCCCUCCACUUUCCACUUUUCCUCUGUGUAUGGGAGCUGGAAAGUACAGGUGUAUCUGACAUUUCUUUCCCUCAGCUGUCCAGUUACCAAUUCAGUGACUUUACUUGGACCAAAGGUCUCCUCACCAGCUUGUUCUUUCUGUUUUGAACUGCCCUUUACUCAUACUGAGGGCUGCCUACUCCACCUCUGCCGGAUUUCCCAGCUGGUAGACGAAGAUCAUGAACCCCACCGCUGAGGGUCUCCACCCUCAUAGCACUCUUGGUUCUUUCAUGGGGAUUCAAGUCCACACUGCUGUAGGUAGGUCUUCCACUGUGCAGGUUCUCAAUAGAUUGUUUGAAUUUGUAGUUGCAUCUGAUUUUGGGGAGCCUGUAUCCUUUUCUCUUAGGUUCAGUUGUAUUCAGAGACUUUUCUGAAAUGUAGGACAUCUCGCUUUCAUGUUCCUCUUUUUUCUGCUCUUCCUCUAACACCCGUGGGGCCUCCAAUGCCUCCGUUUCUUCAGCACAGUCUCCCUCAGUUUGAUGUUCUGGGCUCUCUUCUGAACAACUACUCUGCUCACUGGUGACUGAAAGCAAAUAUUUUUGUACUUAAAAAAAAAAAAAAAAAUACUGAAUGACCCAAGAACAAAACACAUGUUUAGCUCCAUUCUAAGUUUGCUCUUAAUGUUUGUGGUGUUUGUUGUCUUGUUUGCGCAUCCUGGAGAGAGUUGUUGGAGGAUUAGCACUACUAUGGAUUUUUUUUUUCUUUCAACAACUUUGCACAUGUGCAUUGCCAGUAGUGUUAUUUUGUUAUUGUGUUGUAUAUCUGACAAUUAUUAAGUGCUCACCUGCACAUGUCUCAGUAUCCUCUUGGUGAUUCUCUUCUAACAUGACAUUUGCAGAAA